CCCCCCCUUAUCUCCUCUCUAACCUCCACUAUCACAUUGCUCCCUCACGGACCAAAUUUCUCCUCGCAAUUCUCUUUCUUUCUUCAAAGAGGAGAGUGCAGACACUCUUAGAAACUCUCUUCAUUUCUUUCAACGCUCUUGUUUCUUGAAGUUGUUCAUGGAAAAUACUUGUCAUUCCCGCGACAAGUGCUUUCUGUGUGCAUACUUAUGCUUGUUUCUACUAGUUUUUUUGCCCCAGUUUGCUUCGAGCCAAAAAUGGGACGGUGUAGUUGUCACCCAAUCAGAUUAUCGAUCUCUUCGAGCUAUAAAGAAUGAACUGAUUGACUUCAAAGGGUUUUUACGUAGCUGGAAUGAUAGUGGAUAUGGAGCUUGCUCUGGUAGGUGGGCAGGAAUCAAAUGUGUCAAAGGACAGGUUAUUGCCAUCCAGCUUCCUUGGAAGGGACUAGGUGGCAGAAUCUCGGAGAAGAUUGGUCAGCUUCAAGCACUCAGAAAGAUUAGUUUACAUGACAAUGUUCUUGGUGGUACUGUCCCUUCUUCUCUUGGUUUUCUUCGCAAUCUUAGAGGGGUUUACCUCUUCAACAACCGGCUUUCAGGUUCUAUUCCUCCCUCACUUGGUAACUGUCCUGUUCUUCAGAGUCUUGAUGUAAGUAACAAUUCACUCAUUGGUACAAUUCCUCCAAGUCUUACAAACUCUACUAAGUUAUAUAGACUUAAUUUGAGCUUUAAUUCGUUAAUGGGGUCGAUCCCAGUUGGUCUUACUCAAUCCCCUUCUCUCAUAUUCCUUGCUAUCCAACACAACAACCUCUCUGGGUCAAUCCCAGAUUCUUGGGGGAGUAAGGGGAACUAUUCUUCUCUCCUUCAGUUCUUGACCCUUGAUCAUAAUCGCAUUUCUGGAACUAUUCCUGUUAGUCUUAGCAAGUUGGCUUUACUUCAAGAGAUUUCUCUUAGUCACAAUCAGCUUUCUGGGGCCAUACCUUAUGAAAUGGGGAGUCUCUCAAGGCUCCAAAAGCUAGAUAUUUCAAACAAUGCUUUCAGUGGAAGCAUUCCAUUUCGCUUCUCCAAUUUAACCUCGUUAGUCUCUCUGAAUCUUGAGGGAAACCGUCUCGACAAUCAGAUCCCAGAAGGUUUUGAUAGAUUGCAUAACCUCUCAAUGCUCAACCUGAAAAACAAUCAGUUCAAAGGCCCCAUCCCAGCUUCUAUUGGAAACAUUUCCAGUAUCAACCAGCUUGAUUUAGCCCAAAAUAAUUUUAGUGGAGAAAUUCCAGCUUCUCUUGCUCGCCUAGCCAAUCUCACUUAUUUCAAUGUUUCUCACAACAACCUAUCUGGUUCUGUUCCCUCUUCUCUUGCUAAAAAGUUCAAUUCAAGCUCCUUUGUGGGAAACCUUCAGCUAUGUGGCUAUAGCAUUUCAACCCCAUGUCCUUCACCCCCUCCAGAAAUUCUUCCAGCUCCAACAAAAGGAUCACCGAAACAUCAUCACCGAAAACUUAGCACCAAAGACAUCAUCCUCAUAGCGGCUGGUAUCCUCUUAGUUGUGCUGCUGCUUCUCUGUUCCAUUCUGCUGUGUUGUUUGAUGAAGAAAAGGUCUGCUUCUAAAGAAAAGAGUGGCAAAAAUACUACGCGGGGGCUCCCAGGGAAAGGUGAGAAAAAAGGUGCUGCGGCGGGUCCUGAAGUUGAAUCUGGUGGUGAAAUGGGUGGGAAGUUAGUCCACUUUGAUGGCCCAUUUUUGUUUACAGCAGAUGACUUGCUGUGUGCAACUGCGGAGAUAAUGGGGAAGAGCACUUACGGAACAGCAUACAAGGCAACAUUAGAGGAUGGAAAUCAAGUUGCAGUGAAAAGGUUGAGGGAGAAGACUACAAAGGGACAGAGGGAGUUUGAGACUGAGGCUGCUGCUCUUGGAAAGAUUAGGCACCCAAAUCUCUUAGCACUAAGGGCUUAUUAUUUAGGUCCCAAAGGAGAGAAGCUUCUUGUUUUUGACUACAUGCAUAAAGGGAGCCUUGCAUCCUACCUCCAUGCUCGUGGACCUGAAACCACUGUCAAUUGGCCAACAAGGAUGAACAUAGCCAUCGGCGUUGCGCGUGGAAUCAAUCACCUCCACAGCCAAGAGAACAUCAUUCAUGGGAAUCUCACAUCAAGCAACGUAUUACUGGACGAGCAAACUAAUGCACACAUUGCAGACUUUGGCCUCUCCAGGCUCAUGACUGCUGCUGCCAACACGAAUGUGAUUGCCACUGCUGGAACACUCGGCUAUCGCGCACCAGAGCUCUCAAAACUCAAGAACGCCAGCACGAAGACUGAUGUGUACAGCCUCGGGGUGAUCAUUUUAGAGCUUUUAACUGGGAAAUCACCAGGUGAACCAAUGAAUGGCAUGGAUUUGCCACAAUGGGUUGCAUCAAUAGUGAAGGAAGAGUGGACUAAUGAAGUCUUUGAUUUAGAGAUUAUGAGGGAUGCACAAACUAUAGGUGAUGAUGAGUUGCUUAACACUUUGAAAUUAGCUCUGCAUUGUGUUGAUCCCACACCAGCAGCUCGUCCUGAAGCCGAACAAGUUGUCCAGCAACUUGAGGAGAUUAAGCCAGAGCUAGCUGCUGCUGCUGCUCGUGCUGAUGAAGGAGACGAAGUCCCACCAACAACUGAAUAAAGAGUAUCCUAUUCUUUUUGCGUGCAAGAAAUAAUGUUUUGUUACAGUUUAUUUGUGCUGCUUUACAAGGUGGUGCGCUCUAUGAUAGUGGGGGGAGGGGGUAGUAAUCAAAUUCUUUAAUUCUUAUAUUCUUGUCUACUGUAUGUAUAUACAAGACAGUAAGUUCUUUUGAAAAAUGUAAUCUUUUUUUAUUGGAAUAAUAAUGUAUUAUUUCAAUCCAUCAUUCUUUUAGUAAG